AUGAAAGGAAAGGAACUCCAUUAUACCAAGACGCUUUCACUCGUAAUAGUCAUAGACCUUUCAAGUAAUCAUUUAUCUGGGGAGAUCCCUGAAGAACUAGCAACUCUUUCUGGGUUGCAAGGACUAAACCUAUCUGAGAAUCAUUUGAUGGGAAAGAUUCCAGCAACUAUCGAUGGCUUGCGACAGUUACAAUCUCUUGAUUUAUCGCGGAAUCAUCUUUCGGGUGCUAUUCCCCAGAGCUUGUCAGCAUUAAAUUUCUUGAGUAGCUUGGAUUUGUCACAUAACAACCUGUCAGGGCAGAUUCCGACCGGCAGCCAGCUGCAGACAUUUACUGAUCCGUCCAUUUAUGCUGGCAACUUUGAUCUUUGUGGGCCUCCACUUCCAGAGUGCCCAAAAGAUGAAACAUGGCAAACUCCGUUGUCCAAAGGUGGUGGAAUAGAAAAAGAGGAAGAAGGAUUGGAAAUGGUAUGGUUUUUCACAAGCAUGGCACCAGGAUUUGUGGUGGGAUUUUGUGGAUUUUGUGGUUUUCUUAUCUUCAACAGGUCAUGGAGGAUUGCUUAUUAUCAGUUUUUCGACCGCAUGAAACAUAAGCUCUUCAGGUCAUAGACAGCAAUGGUGGCUAAGUUGGGAGUGAGGCUGAAAGAAGUGAUGGACUUCUACUCUCCUGGGAAAUUAAUAAAUAAAACCACAUUGUAUGUUUUGUUCCAAGUUAAAUGUUUACAUUAUACUCUUUAUGUUCCUUGUGCCUUGAUUUGUGCAUUUUCUUCUAUUUAUAUGUUGAUAUUUACUCUUUUUUGUA